AGGUUUCAGAGCGGAGCAGUGGGCUGGACUGAGAGCGAGCCAUCAGAACUUCAGAAGCCAACGCCACUGUAGGCUGUUUUAUUUUCAUUUUCCCGAGAAGACAUGCAAGAAAACAAUUUAGCUCGACGGAAUAACUAUAGCUGUUAACAACGCCCAAGAUUUAUUGUAAUUUCCGUCUGAAGGAAACAGCUGCUUGGGGAAGAACCUCAAAGUCCAACACGGUGUGAUAAGUGUCUCCAGAGAACCCGGAAGACAUGAGCUGCCACAGUGGUAGCAACAUGCUGUUCCAGACCAUCACAGAGGACUUGAAUGCAUCCUUGGCCACAGCGGACAAGCUGUCCCAAGAGUUCAACUCGCUCCUGCAGGAGAUCUCUAGCACGGAGAUUUCUCCAGCACCGAGCUCCAGGUCCCAAGCCCCCAACAAUGCCAGCAAUGCCACCAGCAGCAUUAUGGUGUCUGAGGGCAGUUUCUCCAGCUCCUCAGGCAGGAAUGGAGCUGAAGGCAUCAGCAACAGGGACACCAUGUCCAUCUUCACACCUACAGAAUAUAGCACCUUAUCAGUGGAUUCCAUCAUCACAGGCAGGAGGACUGCCACCUCCCCCAAGCCCCAGUACACCCCCCCCCUGGCCCGCAGAGCUGACCCAGAGUCUGGGUACUCUCGUGGGCAGCUGACCUCGCCCAAUGUGCCCCCAUGCAUCAAGCCGCAAGCCAUUCUAUUCAGCUACGCCGAGCCCUGCCCUUUGCCCGUUCCCAAGUACAACCACCAGUCGCUUCCAAGCAAGCUGCAGCUCCCAACCAGUCCCGUUGCUCCAAUAUCCCAGACGGGGCGCAGGUCUCCGAGGAUGGACCGGGUCCCCUCUCCCAACAUCUUCAGCCAGUCAGCAGGCCCACGGAACUUCAUGCCUUUCAAACCUUCAGAUGAGAGUAUACAGAAACAGAGAAGCCCUUCAAAGUGGAAUGAGACAGACCUGGACAUUUCGUAUGAGAGAAAACCACACCAAACAUAUGAUAAUAACGAGUGGAUCAGGCCAUCUAUACCCAACAGCAACUGGAAGGAGUCCAACCUUGACUCACCCACACUGCCCAGAAAGGACCCUAUGACCGACCGUCAUCCCCGAUCAGCUCAGGGAUCGUUGCCCAGGGCAAUUCGUGUCUCCAUGACUCUUGAACGUGCCCCUCCUGCCCAAGUGCCCUAUGGCUCUCAGCCAGUUAUUUCCCGCAUUUCUAUCCCGCCUUCCUCCCCCAGGACCUACCAACACAGGCCCAUACCACUGUCUGUUAUCAUGAGGCUCCAGAACCCCUACUAUGCUAUGGCUGCUCCCCGCUAUCCACUCAGCCCGGAAGGGGAGUUGGACCUUGGGAGGCAGCGCCAGCCUUUUCCUUUGCCCCGAGACUACUUCUACCAUUUUCAAUCCCCUCCACCUGAGCAGAGACAACCUGUCUACUACGGGGAAGUACUCAGCUCAAGUGAUGUGGAUGCAGAAGUGGAGAGGCUAAACGCAGCAAAGUUGCCUGCAAUCGCCGACAGCCUGACGCGCGUCUCGGAACAGGGCAAAGAGCCCAAGGUUGAGGGUAGUGCAGAGAAGCCAGAACCAGUGCUGGAACCGCGGCCCCUAAGCCCCACACGCCUGCAGCCUGUAGUAGCCCCAGAGGCACCAGUGGUGCCCGACGUGGAGGCCGUGCUCCGGCUACGGGCAGAGAUCCCACGCGCCCUGAAGAGGCGCAGUUCUACUAACCAAUCGCAGAGCCUGAAGAAGUUGCACAAGAUGCAGCCCAACCAGUACAAACAGAUGAUCAAGAAGCUGUUUGGCAGGAAGGGCCCUCAGGCCAAGGGCGAGGUGGGCAGUGAGGGCAGCUCAUCCGACGGUGAGGAGAGUGCCACACUGUCCCUUGUAAGCUCACAGCCACUCGCUGACAGGACACCUGGCUUCAUCCAGCAGAGGCUCGGACAAGGGCUUCAGUCUAUCCUACGAAAGUCCAAGGGGAGCAGUGUGAAGACGCAGAGCCCCCGGGCUCGACUCAGUCCCCUUGUGCUACUGCUGGACGGUGCCCUGGUCGGUGAGCUGGACACAGUGCAGAGAGCAGUGCAGGAGAUGAGUGACCCAAGCCAGCCGAACGAUGAGGGCAUCACUGCCCUCCACAAUGCUAUAUGUGGGGGGCACUACGCCGUGGUGGAGUUUCUCGUACGGAUAGGUGCCAACAUCAGCGCCCCGGACAGCCAUGGCUGGACCCCCCUGCACUGUGCAGCCUCCUGUAAUGACCAGGCAAUGUGUGAGUUUCUUGUGCGUAAUGGCGCUGCCGUUAUGGCUGUGACGGAGAGUGACGGUGCGACGGCAGCGCAGAAGUGCGAUCCGUUCGCACCCAACUAUGACGAAUGCAAUAGUUUCCUCAGAGGAGUGGAGCAGGCGAUGGGAGUGGAAAACAGCGGGGUGUUGUAUGCCCUUUGGAGUUAUCCAGCUCAAGCUCCCGAUGAGCUGAGCUUCAAAGAGGGCGACAUGGUGACCAUCCUGCAGAGGCCAGACGGAGUGGACUGGUGGUGGGCUUCCCUCUGUGGCAGAGAAGGCUUUGUCCCAAACAACUACUUUGGGCUUUUCCCCAAGGUGCGGCCUAAGUCACUCUGCUAGAGGACAGCACCCUCUACAGUCUUGAGUGCUUCCUGUUGCAACGCAACAGCUGCUGAACUGUCGAAUCACAAAUAAAUAAUCUCUGGCCUGUAUGUGACUAACUUGCAAUCAACGAUUGUUUACUUUGAUAUUGUUCGAUAUUGUUAAACUGUUAUGCAAUUUAUGUCACCAGAGAUGGUUUUUCUUUAUUAAUUACAUGGACAAAUCAAGUUCUGGCUAUAGAUCUGCUGAGUAGUUCAGCUUGUUCACCAACUUGAUAGAAGCUAUUUCAGCAACUUUCUUUCAUUUCAUUAUAUCACAAAUGGUCUGAGAUAAACUCCCUUUUACCAGGUCUAUGUGACUUACAUAUUAUGGUCAGAACAAAUAUUUGGAAAAUCAUUAGACAUAGUUUAGAAGUAUUCAUUUGGUUUUGACAUUAAUUUAGGUACAUUUUAAGACCAAACCCCACCACAAGAUGAAAACUAUUCAUGAAGUUGGAUUUUUCAAUGAGGAAGAUUAAAUACCUUGUUCUUUCUGUGGUGGCCAGUCUUUUAUGAAUUCAUCCAUUCAGUAUUGUUUUUGUGUGUGCAUAUUAUUUUUGGUUUUGAGUCCAUGUUAUUAUUUUGGCUUUGUAUACCUUGGGUAUGAGUUUCACAUAUUUCCCAUAGUCUUUCUUUUUGUCUUAUAUAGUCUUCGCUGUGAAACAUUUGAACAUUUUUAAAGGAAACAAUAAUCAUAUACAGUGUUUGACAAAGAAUGCCUUUCAAGUGGUAUGCAUGAAUGCAUAGUGCUUCUUGGUACUCUGCUGAUUUAUGUUUUAUGAUUAUGUAACCCAUUUUGUGUGAAGAAUUAGUUAUUUUAUAGCUAAAUAAUUAGCUGUGAAUCAAUAUGUAAUAUGGCUUUAGCAUUUGGUGUGACGUGUGCCUGUUCUACCAUUUGGGGAAUUCCAAAGCGCUUCUCUGUUCUUGCAUACACUUGCAUGUAUAUGCAUGUGCGUGCGUCUGGUCUGGACUGUUACAGAACAAAAAUAAAGAAACUGUUUUUCUCUGAUGUAAAAGUAACAAAAUUCAUAGUAGUAGCAUGUGUUCAAUUCGACACUUUAAACUAAAAAAAGAAAAUGCUCAGUUAGGCAGCUUUAACCCAGACCAUAGUGAAUGUAUAGAUUGUUCAUUUUUUAAGGGUGAAGUCCCCAACGACACUCGUCCUCUGCACUUUUAGUCAGGCUGCUGAAAAAGGUAAACAUUGUGAAUCCACUUUCCAUGGGAUUCCAUGUGGUUUAGAAAUGCUAAUUUCGCUUAUCACUGUGCUAUUAGCGAACGUGGUAAACACCCCAGCUUUAUCACUCGGGGGUUGCAGGAAAAUCGCAGUUUUCGAAAGGCUGUUGUGCUGUAGUACCGAGCACUGUGGUCCCGGUUAUGAGAUUUCCAGGUUUACUUCUUUAUCCCUGAUUUCAAUUCAGUUGUUACUCCUGGUUACUUCCAGGAGUAUUUUGCUACUAAUAAAAAAUAACAUAUCUGUUACGGCUCUUUCGCCUAGACAAGGUAGUGAUAAAACGAAGGACGAUUCUGUGUUUUCACCUGCAGAGGGCAGCAUUGAGUCAGUACUAAUCCCACACUGUUCAGUCCAUGGGGGCACCGUCUUGUGCUCCAUAAACACUGCUGGUUAAUAUUGCUGUUUUAUUUAGUAAAGUUUUGUUUUCUCUAACAAAGUCUGACUGGCUUCGUUUAUGACCAUCGGAGUCUGACAAAGGCAGUUACCGCCGUUUAAAGGUUUGUGGUAUUGAUACUGACAGCAACGUUUCCAGGAAAGCAUCCUCCAUUGUAACAUCUGACAUUGCAACAUUAGAUGUCAUGAAACUUUAUUAUUGUUGUUGUCAUUUUAUCUUGACCAUCUUCCCACUUAAAACCUCUUCCCGUUCAUUUGUUUAUUUCGGCUAUUCAGUUAGUUUUUUGUUUGUUUGUUUGUUUGUUUUAAAAAAUUUUUUUUAUCAAUCCAUAUCUUCCUUCUGUGGCAAUACAUACCUUAUAUCACAA